GAAUAAUUCAAGAAAGAUGCAUUAUGGGUAGAAAUUAGAUUGAUGUCAUUCAUAAUAGCACCAAGCCAUUACAAAUGUGUAGCACUUGCAGAGGAUCAGGAACAAUGGCAAAGAAUACCUUCAGCUCGGAAUUCCGUAACAUAGAUGUGGACCAAUACAACGAAGAUAAUUACAAGGACGAUGAUGGAGAGCCGCAGAGUCCUCCAAUUGGUGUUGAUGAAGCCACCAUUAUUUCAUUCAUGAAUUCUGGUAACCAUGCUGAUGCUCUGAAACUCUUACUGGCAAAUGCUCCUGUGGCUUCCAAGGGGAAAAAUGAGCAGGCAAAAGAUAUGGCAUUAAAUUUAGUCCUAAAGGUGCUACUCUCGGUGAACAAAGCUCAAAUGGAUCAAAUCAUUACGUCGCUCGACAAGACACAGUUGGAUGUUUUAAUGAAGUACAUUUACCGUGGGUUCGAAAGGCCUUCAGAGGGUUCCUCGGCCAUUCUUCUCAUUUGGCACGAAAAAGUAUACAAUGCUGGAGGAGUAGGCUGUAUUGUUAGGGUGCUCACUGAUCGAAAAAGAGUCUGAGAGAUAAUCAUUUGCUAAUAGAUAUUAUUUAUAUGACUGAAUAUUGUGUUUAAAAUAUACAGGACAAUCUAAACAUGGUGAAUCUGUGUCAAAUGUAUAAUCCUUAUUUUGAGGUUUUGCAUGUAGCAUAAAUCUUUUUUUUUUCCUCAUACCUAUGUAUUCUUUAUUGAAGUAAAUUUCCAGGAAUAGCUCUCCAGUGGAUUUGGUUGUACAGUAUAUUAAUUGGCAUUUACAAUUGUAGGAAAGUAGAAAGUAUUGUAGUACUGUAAUUUAUUUACCAAAGAUUCCAAUUAAGAAAAUUUGUAGAUCUCUUCUUUUUUUUCUUUUUGUUAUUAUUAUUGUUUUUAAGAGAAGGAUUGCAAACUGGUACAAGAAGAAUAAAUGGUGUGAAGAUGCUUGUGUGCAGAAUUCCUUCAGGGAUUGUUUCCUUUGUAUUGAUAAAAGUAAAUUAGGUUUUUAAAAUGUUGCAGCCUGUCAGUGUUGUAUGGAAGCCUGACCUCACAACAGUGACAAUGUUGCAGUCUGUCAGUGUUGUAUGGAAGCCUGACCUCACAACAAUGACAAUGUUGCAGCCUGUCAGUGUUGUAUGGAAGCCUGACCUCACAACAAUGACAAUGUUGCAGUCUGUCAGUGUUGUAUGGAAGCCUGACCUCACAACAAUGACAAUGUUGCAGCCUGUCAGUGUUGUAUGGAAGCCUGACCUCACAACAAUGACAAUGUUGCAGUCUGUCAGUGUUGUAUGGAAGCCUGACCUCACAACAGUGACAAUGUUGCAGUCUGUCAGUGUUGUAUGGAAGCCUGACCUCACAACAAUGACAAUGUUGCAGCCUGUCAGUGUUGUAUGGAAGCCUGACCUCACAACAAUGACAAUGUUGCAGCCUGUCAGUGUUGUAUGGAAGCCUGACCUCACAACAAUGACAAUGUUGCAGCCUGUCAGUGUUGUAUGGAAGCCUGACCUCACAACAAUGACAAUGUUGCAGUCUGUCAGUGUUGUAUGGAAGCCUGACCUCACAACAAUGACAAUGUUGCAGUCUGUCAGUGUUGUAUGGAAGCCUGACCUCACAACAAUGACAAUGUUGCAGCCUGUCAGUGUUGUAUGGAAGCCUGACCUCACAACAAUGACAAUGUUGCAGUCUGUCAGUGUUGUAUGGAAGCCUGACCUCACAACAAUGACAAUGUUGCAGCCUGUCAGUGUUGUAUGGAAGCCUGACCUCACAACAAUGACAAUGUUGCAGUCUGUCAGUGUUGUAUGGAAGCCUGACCUCACAACAGUGACAAUGUUGCAGUCUGUCAGUGUUGUAUGGAAGCCUGACCUCACAACAAUGACAAUGUUGCAGCCUGUCAGUGUUGUAUGGAAGCCUGACCUCACAACAAUGACAAUGUUGCAGCCUGUCAGUGUUGUAUGGAAGCCUGACCUCACAACAAUGACAAUGUUGCAGCCUGUCAGUGUUGUAUGGAAGCCUGACCUCACAACAAUGACAAUGUUGCAGUCUGUCAGUGUUGUAUGGAAGCCUGACCUCACAACAAUGACAAUGUUGCAGCCUGUCAGUGUUGUAUGGAAGCCUGACCUCACAACAGUGACAGCUAUAGGCUCACAAAGCUACAGUUAACAACAUAAAAAUUAAGAAUAGAUUUAGGAUUAUAUUUAGUGUCUUAUCAUUCAGAUGGAGAUUCUUUUGUUCUAUGUCUGAUUAUUUAACAUGGCCAAAUAAUUCUUUUGUUUAACCAAAUACUGUAUAAAUAUCAACACAAAAUUAAAUGUGCUAUCUAAAUUGUCCUAGAUUUAUUUCUUCUGAUUUCAUACAAGUUAAAAUUUGUGAAGCAUAUGUCAUAUGUGUAAGAAAUGUGUUUCAGGCAGUUACAGUGAAGUGGGCAGAAGUGACUUAUUGAUUAAAUGAGAUGAGAAUGAAUAUGAACAUUUGAGUAUUAAUAUGACUGUUACAGGGCGACUGACAAAUGUAAAAUUCACGCUUUAACAUUAUGCAUACACAUUUGAUCACUUGUUAUUGUUGACUUCUGCAAGACAUAAAUAAUUGUAUUGUAUUAACUUUGUGCUUAAUUAGAUACCCUGUAUAUAUAUAUAUAUAUAUAUAUAUAUAUUAUAUAUAUAUAUAUAUAUAUAUAUAUAUAUAUAUAUAUAUAUAUAUAUAUAUAUAUAUAUAUAUAUAUAUAUAUAUAUAUAUUAUUAAUAAACAGUGUCUGUUAACAAAAUAAUUUUAACUGAAAUUUGUUCAACAGGACACAAUGCAGCCAGUUCUCUUGCAUGUUGUAAUAUGAGCAAUAAGGACAUGUAAUAUAGUUGCUGCUUUCCUAAAGUCAUUUUAAGGUGCCAUUGGGAAGUUUCUGUUAUUCAGUUUGAAGACAAAUGUUGACAUGUAAUAUGGUAGAACAUUGCUUUCAUGCCUCUACAUACACACUUUUUCAUCUCCCUACCCCAAGGUAUACAUUGGAAUGUAGCAGACGAAUUUUCAAGUUUCCGGUGUUCACGCUGAUUAUUUUUUCUCUCUACGCAGGAUGAACAGACUGAAAUGUGUCAGCAGUUUUCAGGCUGUCAGCUGAUAUUUUCUUAUAUUUUUUGUGUAUUGUAUGAACUGUUGCCUUUCACAAAAUACAUUUUAUUGUAUAGA